AAGACGUAAGGACAAUGCCCGAUCACCGCCCGGUCUUUAUAUUUCCUCAUUCCUUCGAUUGAGAAAAGAGAGAGAGAGAGAAAGAGGGGAAUGGGCGGGUGUGCGACGAAACCGAAGGACCUCAAUGCCGAUGGGGAUGUUCCUCGGCCGAUAGACGCGCCGGAUCCACAUCCUGAAGAUGCCGGAGAGAAGAAGGACGUGGUCCCCGUCGAGGAGACCAAGGAAGUAGCUGGGCCGGUGCUUGACGAUAACCGACGGCGAUCUCUCGGCACUUUGUUCCAAGAGAAUGAAGUAAUUAGUGAAGAAGACAGAGUACCUUCUUCUUCCACUGAUAAGAAUGUCAUUAUAGAAAACAUUGAACAACCUUCAGUUGAAGUGGAUGUGGAAGUAAAAGGAAAAGAAGAACUGAAAGAACAAGCUCCGGAUCAUCCUGAACAGGAAGGUGAGCCAAAGAUUGCAGAAACUGAGACCUCAAAUCCCAUCAAAGAUGAGAAAUCAGAUGCUCAGAUUGUAAAGGAAAUACAAGAGAAUUUAAACACUGAUGCCAAGCCAGAACAAGAAGAAGAUGGCUCAGAGAAGAAGGUGGUUGUUGAUGCUUAAUGAAGGGCUUCUACUGUAUUUGCGAUUCAUGUAUUUUCAUUUUGUCAUUUGUUUUGUUGUUGUGUUUCUUGGAUUUAGUUUAUUUGUGUGUACUUGUUUUUUAUUUUUUAUUUUCAAUUUUUUGAAAAUUUAUUAUAUUCAAUUUGCUUCAGGCUGGAUUUGUAAUGAAAUGAUAUUGUUUUUGUCGGUGCUUUGAGGUA